AUGGAAUGGAGCAGCUUUGGGUUCUUUCUCAUUCCAUCAGCAUUGAUUGGAGUGGUUUGCAAUUGGACAGUGGUGUUCUCAGUGCUGAAAAUCUCGUCGCUGAAACAAUCGUUCGGCUAUUUGACAGCGAAUCAAGCCCUUGGCGAUGCUAUUCAUUGCACCGCGUUCUUAUUCUACGUCUGUCCAAUGAUGAUACUCGACAUUGAGGAAUUCCAAUAUCACUCAAAACACUGCGGAUUCCUUUUGCUCUUCUGCUAUGAGCUGUCGGUCCUCUCUCAUUUGGUCAUCUCGUUCAAUCGAUUCUCAGCAGUCUACACGCCGACGAGAUAUUCAACAAUGUUCAAGUCACUCUCGGAACCUCGGAACACAGUAACCAUUAUUGUUGUAAUGUGGGUGUCGACUACGAUAUUAACAAUUUACUUUUAUCAAGUUCUCUGCCCAAUAUCGUACGAUCCCAACAUGCUCAUGUUCUCGUUGAGGUUUUCGGACUUCUGCGCAACCUUGACAUGGUACACCGAUUUCUGGAAGUUCAUCAUUUGCAUCACCCUGGUUGUUGUGUUCGACAUUUUCACCGUCGUCAAGGUUCACUCGAUCAACAAAUUGGUGCGCGGCGUCAACGAUACGAAAACGAAUGCGAAGAAGAGAUCAAGGGAAAUGGUUUUCUUGCGGCAGACGUGCCUUCAAGGAAUCGCGUUCGUGUUUGAACUGGUAUCCUAUUUUGUGGUGCCAUUGUUUCUCGCUGAAAACAAGGUUCUCUUGUUCUUCCUUACGACGUUCGCGUGGGUUUCGGUUCACGCGCUAGAUGGAGCGAUUACCGUCGCCUGCAAUCCCGAUCUUCGCAAAUUUAUCACAUUCCGGGGAGCUCGAUCAAGCAAUGUCGUUUCGUCAACACAUGCUCAUCCACAAAUGACUGGCGAGAGACGAUCUGAAACGCAACGCGCAUCGACAUCCGAGACUUCACAUCAACAUGCCGAAUACGAGAAUGGAACAAUGUUCAUAAUGACAAUAUUCCAAAUCACGGCAUUCAUAAAAAAUGGAGAGCAAAGAAUGUUGGCAUUUUACUUAUACCACCCACUUCCUAGUAUAAUCAGCGCAUUCGCUUAUAAGGACCAUAUAGCGGUGACGCUUUUCUCCCAGACGCAUUACGGGAGGGUUGUUUAUUGCCGAUACUUUGAUUGUCAAAGAAAUGAGAUAAAACAGCCGUUUGAAGCAUUCGUGUUUCCCGAAUCGGCGGUGCUGUGCGGCCGGCGAAUCGGUGCUGAAUAUCUAGCUGUAAGCAACGAGCCUGAUGGCGAGUUGCCCGAAAAUCCUGUCAAAAUUAUCCGACGAGAUGAGCCGGAGCACUUCUUCACCGUAUGCUUGGCGCCAUUGUAUGGCGAUGAAGCGAAAUAUCUCCAACUCGCCGAAUUCAUUGAAUAUUACAAGCUUCAAGGAGCCACAUUUUUUCAUAUUUAUCACAUAAAUGUGUCGGAUUAUGAUCGGCUUCUUCUCGAUGACUAUGUGAGAACUGGCGAGAUUGAAACAAUCAAAAUGCACGACAAUUUUUGGAGGGCCGAUUUCAUGUGGCACAUGGUCCAAAUCAAUGAUUGUCAUUUCCGCUCAAAAACCUUCGCGAAAUGGACCGCUUUUAUAGAUAUUGAUGAGAGACUUGAAAUGCGACAGCAGUCGCAAUUUCGGACGAUUGGCCAAUAUUUGGACUCAAUUACGGACCCAAAAAUCAACUAUUUGUUCUGGAAAACCCAAUGGGUCCAGAAAACAGAAGAUGAUCCACCGAGGUAUAUCAAUGAGUCGCAUUUGAUUGAAAAUAUGGGAUUCCGGAAGUUCAAAAUGACAUCGGAGAAAAUCGGCGGAUUCUCACUUCAACCGAAAUGCAUAAUUCGUCCCGAAAUGACCGCGGUGAUGUUUGUUCAUUGGCCAACUGCCACCUAUCCAGGAGGGUCUCGUUUGGAAAUUGACGAAAAUGUUGGAAUCAACAGGCAUUAUCGAUCAUUGAAAAAGCGGAUUUUGAAUUAUUUUGGUAUUGACCGAAUAUCGGAAUAUGGACCAUAUAAGGAGACUUCGAUGGCUCCAUGGAUUGAAGAAAAACUCACAAAUGAGGUAUCUGAUAGGAUUCAAUGGGUGUAUGAUGUUAAAGAUCUGGAAUGCAGGAAGAAACAAAUUGCAUACUAUCGGCAUGACUACACUAGGUACCGAAGGCACAUCUUCUUCUACAUUGUCACAUUUUGCGUCGGAAUUUUUCUAUUCUUCAAUUAUUUCGAAAUUCAAGUUCGCAAAGAUAACGAAUCACUCGUAAAACUGAUAUCGAAGCCAGUGCUCAGAGAAUAUGUGAAUCCCGUGGCACCGCUUGACGACACUGGCUACAUUUUCUCGAACAAGCCAAUUCCGCCAUUGGACCCACGAUUUGAGAUGAUUAAUAAUCUGCCGACGUGCGAUUUAACUCAAGAUCGCAUUCCGAUGACGAACAAUGCCACUGCGGUGAUGGACGCAUUCCAAGCCUGCAUGAGACCACUCAUUGAGCAAUAUCGAGGAAAACCAGCAGAGCUAAUGAGCAAUUGGGUGAAAGCAACAAAGCCGUGCGACGAUAUUCCAGAAAUCAAGAAUUUGCGAAUCGAUGCGUUCAAUAAUCAGCACGAGACCAAGUGGACAAUUCUGCCCAACUGCAAAGAAGAGAACACGAUGGUCACUCUUGGUAUUGGCCACGAUACUGAGGCUGAAGAGCGCCUCAAUCGCACGCUUCCCAACACGAAAUUCUUCGGCGCCGAUCCGAUGAUCGAUCCGAACAUGCAGCUCUAUUCGGCGUUUGGCAAAUUCUUCCCGUUCGCCAUCGGCCGCAAAGCGGGCUUGUCGCGAUUCCGUGUGCUACCAAAUCAGAGUCAGCGAACGAGAAAGUACACGUGGCAAGACGUGACCACCGUUGAUUUGGUCUACUUCCUUCACAACAUUUUGAGUUUGCAACGAAUCGACAUUUCCUAUAUCGACAUCGAAGGCGGCGAAUUCGAGUUUCUCGAUCAUUUCCACAAGAGCGGGCCGCUCGACGAGAAGGGAAUCCAUGUGUGCCAAUUCAAUCUCGAAGUGCACACCGCGUUCAACCCACCAGGCGAGCAGAUCUUCCAUGAUUUCAUCUUUCGAGCAUUGGAAGAGCGCCGAUGGGUGUUCGUGAAGCCGAUGUUGACCGGAAAAGGCGUCCAUCGAAUGUUUUUGAUUAAUAUGGAAAAUCAAGAAUGCGUUAGAAAAUUCAUUCAAUAA